AUGGCGCCCAUCGCCAUCUCCCCCGAGCGGGAUGCCGGGCCUCUAAACACGCUGACCACCGACUUUGACGACACCAUCCGCUUCUACCUUAACGGCACGCGUGUCGUCCUCGACGAGAUCGACCCCGAAGUCACCCUGCUGGAGUACCUGCGAGGCAUUGGAUUGACCGGAACCAAGCUGGGAUGUGGCGAAGGCGGCUGCGGUGCCUGCACCGUCGUCAUCUCCCAGUUCAACCCGACAACGAAGCAAAUCUACCACGCGAGCGUCAACGCCUGUCUGGCUCCCCUGGCCAGCGUCGACGGCAAGCAUGUCAUCACCAUCGAGGGCAUCGGAAACACAAAGGCGCCACACCCCGCCCAGGAGCGAGUGGCAAAGACAAACGGCAGUCAGUGCGGCUUCUGCACACCCGGGAUCGUCAUGAGCUUGUACGCGCUGCUUCGCAACAACCAGGCCCCGUCAGAAGAGGAUAUUGAGGAGGCGUUCGACGGGAACCUGUGCAGGUGUACGGGAUACAAGCCCAUCCUCGAAGCUGCGCAGACGUUCAGUGUUGAGAGGGGAUGCGGGAAGGCGAGGACAAACGGCGGCUCUGGCUGUUGCAUGGAAAAUGGCAAAGGCGAGAAGAAGGCGGGCGGGUGUUGCAUGGACAAGAAGGCGGCCGACGACCAGCCCAUCAAGAGGUUCACGCCACCCGGGUUCAUCGAGUACAAGCCUGAUACGGAGCUCAUCUUUCCCCCGAUGCUGAAGAAGCACGAAAUGAGGCCACUAGCGUUUGGAAACAAGAGAAAGAGGUGGUUCAGGCCCGUUACGCUCUCCCAGCUCCUUGACAUCAAGAGCGUCUACCCCUCGGCCAAGAUCAUCGGCGGCAGCACCGAGACUCAGAUUGAGAUCAAGUUCAAGGCGCAGCAGUACCCUGUUUCUGUCUUCGUGGGCGAUAUUGCUGAGCUGAGGCAGUACGAAUUCAAGGACGAUCACUUGGAGAUAGGCGGAAACGUCAUCCUGACCGAUCUCGAGCACAUCAGCCAGGAGGCCACAAAGCACUACGGUGAAACCCGAGGUCAGGUGUUCGAGGCCAUCUACAAGCAACUGAAAUACUUUGCUGGACGGCAGAUUCGAAACGUCGGUACGCCCGCCGGCAACCUGGUGACGGCCUCGCCAAUUUCAGAUCUCAACCCUGUUCUGUGGGCUGCCAAUGCUGUAUUGGUGGCCAAGUCCCAAAGCGAGGAGACGGAGAUACCCAUGUCACAGUUCUUUACCGGCUACCGUAGGACAGCACUUGCGCAAGACGCCAUUAUUGCUUCCAUCAGGAUACCGGUCACGGCGUCCAAGGGCGAAUUUUUCAGAGCGUACAAGCAGGCCAAGAGGAAAGACGACGACAUCGCCAUCGUGACUGGUGCUCUGAGAAUCAAGGUGGACGAUGACGGUGUCGUCACCGAGAGCAAUCUGAUCUACGGUGGCAUGGCUGCUAUGACUGUGGCAGCAAAGAAGACCAUGGAGUACCUCAUCGGCAAGCGCAUCGCUGAGUUGGAAACACUGGAGGGCGCGAUGGACGCGCUUGGCGAAGAUUUCAACCUUCAGUUCAGCGUGCCUGGAGGCAUGGCCUCGUACCGCAAGGCCCUGGCGCUCAGCUUCUUCUACCGCUUCUACCACGACGUUCUCGCAGCCAUGGAUGCCCAGAGCCAACACGUCGACAAGGAGGCCAUUGAAGAAAUUGAGCGACGUAUUUCUGGUGGACAUGAAGACCAUGACGCAGCUGUUGCAUACGAGCAGGAGACUGUGGGCCGGUCCAAGAGCCAUGUUGCGGCGCUGAAGCAGGUGACUGGCGAGGCACAGUAUAUCGACGACAUCCCUUCCCUCAAGAAUGAACUGCAUGGGUGCUUUGUCUUGUCCAGCAAGGCGCACGCCAAGAUCAAGUCCGUCGACUACUCUGCGGCCCUUGACAUGCCGGGCGUGGUGGACUACGUCGACAUUAACGACGUUGAAACACCGGAACAGAACCGUUGGGGCGCACCGCAUUUCGACGAGGCCUUUUUCGCCGAGGGGGAGGUUUUCACCGCUGGACAGCCUAUCGCCAUGAUGCUUGCUACCUCAGCAAACAGAGCUGCGGAGGCCGCUCGCGCGGUUAAAGUCGAGUAUGAGGAGCUGCCAACAGUUCUGUCCAUCGAAGAGGCUAUCGAGCAGGACAGCUUCCAUAACUACUACCGCGAGAUCAAGAAUGGAGACACCGAGGAGGCGUUCAAGAAUUGCGACCACAUUUUCACCGGCACGGCGAGAAUGGGUGGUCAGGAGCAUUUCUACCUGGAGACACAGGCUUCGCUGGUUGUUCCCAAGCCUGAAGAUGGGGAGAUGGAGGUAUUUUCUGGUACUCAGAACGCCAACGAAACGCAAGUAUUUGUUGCUCGGAUGACUGGAGUGGCAGCCAACAAGAUUGUCGUUCGUGUUAAGCGUUUGGGAGGUGGUUUUGGAGGCAAGGAAACGAGAUCAGUCCAGGUCACUGCACCAUUAGCGCUCGCAGCAAAAAAGACCAAGCGACCCUGCCGAUACAUGCUGACCAGAGAGGAAGACAUGGUCACCUCCGGCCAGCGCCACCCGUUCCUGGGCAGAUGGAAGGUUGGUGUCAACAAGGAUGGCAAGAUCCAAGCCUUGGAUCUGGAUGUCUUCAAUAACGCCGGCUGGAGUUUCGACCUGAGUGCGGCUGUGUGCGAGCGUGCCAUGUCACACAGCGACGGCUGCUACAGGAUCCCGAACGUCUUCAUCCGCGGACGCCUGUGCAAGACAAACACGAUGUCGAACACGGCGUUCCGAGGGUUCGGAGGACCGCAGGGCAUGUUUAUCGCGGAGACGUACAUGGAAGAGGUGGCGGAUCGCAUGGGCAUUCCGGUCGAGAAGUUCCGCGAGAUCAACUUCUACAAGCCGCUGGAGCCUACGCAUUUCAACCAGCCCCUCACGGACUGGCAUGUGCCGUUGAUGUAUGAGCAGGUGCAGGAAGAGUCCAAGUACGAGCAGCGGAGGGAGAUGAUUACGAAGUUCAAUGACGGCAACAAGUGGCGCAAGCGUGGGCUGGCACUUAUUCCGACAAAGUUUGGUAUCUCGUUUACCGCCCUCUUCCUCAACCAGGCCGGCGCUCUCGUUCAUAUUUAUCACGAUGGUUCGGUUCUCGUGGCCCACGGCGGUACCGAGAUGGGCCAGGGCUUGCACACCAAGAUGACGCAGAUUGCAGCGCAAGCACUCGAAGUGCCUCUAGACAAUGUCUUCAUCUCAGAGACUGCGACCAACACGGUUGCGAACGCCUCGGCGACAGCAGCGUCUGCCUCGUCGGAUCUGAACGGAUACGCCAUCUACAAUGCCUGCGCGCAGCUGAAUGAACGACUGGCGCCGUACCGCGAGAAGCUCGGACCGAAGGCGACCAUGAAGGACCUGGCGCACGCGGCCUACUUUGACAGAGUAAACCUCUCGGCACAGGGAUUCUACAAGACCCCGGAAAUCGGUUACACCUGGGGCGAGAACCGCGGCAAGAUGUUCUUCUACUUCACGCAGGGCGUCACGGCGGCCGAGGUCGAGAUCGACACGCUCACCGGCACGUGGACCUGCGUCCGGGCCGACAUCAAGAUGGACGUCGGGCAGUCGAUCAACCCCGCGAUCGACUACGGGCAGAUCCAGGGCGCAUUCGUGCAGGGCCUCGGGCUCUUCACGAUGGAGGAGUCGCUCUGGCUUCGCAACGGGCCCAUGGCGGGCAACCUCUUCACGCGCGGGCCGGGGGCAUACAAGAUCCCCGGGUUCCGCGACAUCCCGCAGGAGUUCAACGUGUCGCUGCUCAAGGACGUGGAGUGGAAGGACCUGCGGACUAUCCAGCGGUCGCGCGGGGUGGGCGAGCCGCCGCUGUUCAUGGGCAGUGCGGUGUUCUUUGCCAUCCGCGACGCGCUCAAGGCGGCGAGGCGGCAGUACGGGGUGCAGGCGACGGUCGGGGAAGACCGGGUGGGUGAUGGCUUACUCAGGCUGGAGAGCCCGGCGACACCCGAGAGGAUUCGGCUAAGCUGCGAGGACCCCAUCAUGAGGAGGGCGAGGGUGCUGCCGAAGGAGGGGGAGAAGAGCUUUUUUGUAGCCAUUUAG